AUGGCGUUUUGGGUCGUCGGCGCGGAGCCCAGCCCCAUGCUGCCGUCUCUGGGUGAUGGCCCUGCCCACGGCACCUACCUGACCGGUGGCAAACGUCGGGUCAGCCAUUCUGACGGCUCCGACAACAUCUACGACCACGUCCCUCAUCCCAAACGUGCAAAGACGAACAGUUUCGACCCCGUCACAGGCAGUGUACGGCAACAUGGAGAACUCAUCCCCAUGCAGAAUCUCUCAUUCUUGGUCAUCCGUGAGGCACGAUCGCCAACGCCGGAGCCUGCACGAGGUGGCCAGACCGCCUGUUCCAUGGAGCGCACGGCGUCAGGUCUCUCUAUCUCAUCUGACACAACCGUCUGCACGACUUCUGCUUAUGAUGAUGCCAACCUGCUUGAGGACGAUGAGGCCGCUUGGCUGGUGCAGGAGCGUCUUGCGCUCUCUCACCGCAAGGCCAAGGAUUCACGGCACGAACGGAUUCUCAGGAGCCUUAUCCGGCCACGGUCUCGUGAUGCCGAAUUCUCUAUCGACAACGCCGCCUUGGAAAGCAUAUUCUCGGCUGCCAAUGAGAUUUUCUUCCACAACCGACUUGCCCGUCGUGUGAAUUGGGACUGGUCUCACUCAUCGAGUUCCCAAUAUCAAGAUCACAUCAUAGGCACCACUGCACUCCGCCGCUCCCGGCUUCUCGGCGGCUUUGAAACCUUAAUCGUUCUCUCUCACCCUAUUCUCAAAAAUCGCAAAUACAACCGCCGACUACUCAUCUCUACUUUUUUACACGAGCUCAUUCAUAGCUACCUCUUCGUCUGUUGUGGUUUCAAGGCCAGGCGUUGUGGAGGCCACACGACCGGUUUCAAGCGCAUCGCUGCGCUGAUCGACGAGUGGGCGGGUCCAGACACGUUGCAUUUAAAAGACAUGGAGGCCGAUCUGGACCAUUUUAAGGAGGAGGAAAAAUGGGACGAACUCAGUAACCAGCAGUCGUCUUUGUUGGCUCAGUCUGCGUCGUUGCCUGACGAGUACGACUAUCUGACACCCUACCACCAGCACCAUCACCACGCUCCCCACCAUCUCACUCACGACUAUCAACACCAACAAGGCCCUUGGGAUUAUUGGGUCGCCGAUAGACAAGAACACAUCCCACUGAGCCGAUGCAGGACGAAGAAUGAAGAUGAUGAGGGCGGCAAGGCCGGCCACUACCUGGAUGGCAACAAUGCCGCCCAGCACUCGUUUCAGAUUGUCGUGGGAACCUUCUUCGUCGUCUCCGGGGCCCCUCUUUCCGUUUCGCGCUUCAACGUCGAUGCUGUGCGCGCUGGUGCUGUUGCGCCUGUACCACGCCAUGGUUGA